GAGAACGUUCUCUCGUCUCACACGUCCACUUCCACCAUGUUUCACACGUCCAUGACCGCCGUUAUUCUGCUCCUGUCGUGUUGUUGGAUGUCCGUCGCGCUGGCUGCCGACGACGCGUCCUUCGACGACCCUGAAGUAGGGCACUUCGCGGUAUCCAGUAGCAGCGGAAAGAAAUGCCUGCUUCUCGACAUCGCCGCCAGGUUUAGUGUCCAGUACGUGAAGAGCGACAACACCACCGCAGAAGUGUCUUACGCUCUGCCCAUAGACAGUGUCGCAACAGGUACGUGUGCGUCCACACUGGGUAAAAAGGCAGACAUUUCGCUCGGCUUCUUCACGGGAUAUCCAAACUUUGGUAUAAAAAUGGAAUUCGAGCGUGAUAUCCUGGCGGUGCGUCCAAGAUUCUGGCUCUCCGCGUUAACCGUUUAUCACACCCUCGAUCCGUCCAUAUUUCCUGACGCCAAGUACGUCAACCAGACCACUCCAAAUCAGAUAGACGACAUGCACGAAUUUGAGACCAGCACUUCAAAAUCCUACCUCUGUAAGGCGAACGCGACCUUUAAUCUCGGCUACCCUGUUACACAGCCUCUUGCAUUUGUCAUCGACUAUAUCAAAGUCCAGCCGUUUGAUGUGCACAAGCAGGAGUUCUCUGCGUCCGAGGAGUGUCCGCAGGACCACGGGCUGUCCACACUGCCGGCAGAGUCGACCACAGCCCCCGUCACCACCCCAACACCCCGCGGGAUACCUGUCGGCAACUUCAGUCUGAAGAAUGACCAAGGCGAAGUUUGUCUGUUGGCGAGUUGGGGGGUUAGAUUUAACAUUGAGUACGAGACCCAGGACAGUGGCACCGGGACCGCCCAGUUUGUCCUCCCCGUAGACUCUAAUGUCGCAGGUGCGUGUGAGGAUAACUUUGCGACGCUAUCUCUCAAUUUUGAUAACGGCUUUGACCUUACCGCCAUUUUCCAAUCGAAUGGGAAGAAAUUUGACAUUGCCAACGUCGCAUUGAUCUACAAGGAAAGUCUUCCUCAUUUCCCUUCUUCGAAACAUCCUAAUAAGACUACCACUGUAUCAGCAAAGGGCUUGAACCUGUUCCUCGUUGACGUUGGCAAGUCUUACCUGUGCAAAUCUAAGCAAUCAUUGGAGAUAAACGCGAACGUCACGCUGGAAAUCAUAGACUGGCAGGUUCAACCGUUUGCGGUGAAGAACGGGACUUUCGGCGACGCGAUGGAAUGUGCUCUAGAUGGCAUGACCACCAUCAUUCCUAUUUCAAACGCCACCACGAUCCUACCAACCAACCACACCACGAUCAACCCCACCAACCACACUCACACCGUAGGUCCGUCCACCAACCAGACCACUCCAGGCCCCACCAAUCACACACACACACCCCUACCCCCCUCUACCACACACAUACCUACACCUGGACCUCCCCCCGGCGAACCUAAACAAGGUCACUACCAGCUGAAGGACAAAACCCAGGUAUGUCUGCUGGCAGACAUGGGUCUACAGUUUACGGCCAGCUACACGAAGAAGAACAAGCACACGGGGAAAGGCGUCUUCAACGUACCCGUUAGGGCCAGCGCUUCGGGGACCUGUGGCGACGAACAGUCCAGUCUGACCUUGACCUUCUACGCCGAGGGACAAUUCAACGUAACCUUCGAUUUCCACAAGUCAGCAAAGGGGGGCGGUAAGACCAAAUAUCACGUGGCAUCGAUUUCCCUGACGUACACGGAGAUACCCUCCAUCUUCCCCGGGUCAAUGACCCCUAACAAAGCUCACACGGUCUCCAACAGUAGCCUGACCGUGUUUCCGGCAGACCAGGACAGGUCCUACAAGUGUGACGCCGACGUGCACGUCAUGAUAACAAAGGACGUAGACCUGCUCGUCCGUCAAGUCCACGUGCAACCGUUCGGCGUGAAGAAAGGACAGUUUUCCUCAGCGGAAGAGUGUUCUCAGGACUCAAAGGGCGGGCCUUCGUACGGCCUGGAGAUUGGUCUUGGUGUCGGUCUGGCCGUGAUUUUGGUGGGGCUCGGAGUUUUCUGGUACAUCCGCAGGAGAGCCGCGAAGAAGUACCGCAAGAUGGAGAGCGUUCUCGGUCCAGAAUAGACACUCCCUCCCCCCUCAGCCGUUCCGACAGAGGGCUCGAUCACAUCCGUCGUACGAUCGUCGCACGAUCGCAACUGAGGACCUGCCAUGGUGGCACUUGACUCGGUUCAAAACUUCAAAGCUGUCAUGUCGCCCAAAAGGGCUAUAUUAGGUCCGGCUUGUUGGUGGUUGGUUCUGUCAUAUCCUGCUAGACACAAACGGCCUACGACAUUAAUAUCGUACGACGACUCCCUACGACGAAUGUGACUGCCCCAUCACCCAGCCACAGCAGCAGCAGCAGCAGCAGCAUGUAUAUAAUUCUUGGAUUUAGAAACAUAUGAUUACUAAAGCAGAGUAGAUAGGAAAUGUAGCUAUGAUAGUAUUCAAUAUUUGUGACAAAACAUUAGGACAACCAAGAGCCAAAUUGAAUGUAUUCUCUUAUGUAUACACGUAUAAAACAUUACCCAAUACAGAGAUGGGACUAAUCGUCACCUGGCUGAAGGUCAAAAAGGUCACACAAUCCACACAGUAAAAAUGCAUUUCAAAGUUUAAGACUAAGACUAUAGCAAAAUACUAUCAAACCCUCGGUACUGCAAGAUAAAAUAGGUUAACUCCAUAGUAAAUAUUUGUAUACACACGUUAUUUUCUCUGGGUCAAACUGUAAAAUGGUAAUUCGGAGGGUAGGAAUGACGGAGAAAUAAUUACGCCAGGCAAAGGGUCAAUACAAUUUCAUACUUUAUCAAUUAGUGCAUUUUUCCAAUAACUCAACGCUACAGAACAAUACAGUCAAGACCUUUGUAAUCCAAGAGCUUUGUACUCCAAGAGAGAAGAUAUCAAUCUCAUACCAAAUGUAAUAUAAUCUUUUAGUUCAAACUGGUGAAGAUAUUUUCGGCGUUAUUUUUUCACGCAAUAGGACAUUAUCAAACCUUCCAGAAGUACCACAUAUGUACAAUUUUCUACGGUACUCUUAUGCGCAAUGUAUAUGAAAAUUUGAUGAAAUGUUCCAAGUCAGCAGCA